UUAACGAAUGACUAGUGUCCCACUUCCUAAACAAUUAAAGGGCAAUCACUUCCGAUUCUAGGAAAGGAAGGUUCUAUUUUGUGUUGAACAACUUCCGGAUUGUAUGUUGACAUUUUUCUUCCUUAAUAACAGACUUAUCUAAACAGAAUUUGACUUUUCAGUACAGAUAAAGAAUGCUUUAAGCAGGUUCUUCACAGAAAUUCAAGAAAUAGAAUCAAGAGCCUUAAAAUAAACCAAGACUGGAAGAAUUUCUCUGAACUCAUUUUUUUGAGGGGUUUUGUGCAUCACCCCUCUAAAACAUGACACGACAUGGGAAAAACUGCACAGCUGGAGCAGUGUAUACCUACCACGAGAAAAAGAAAGAUACAGCUGCUUCUGGCUAUGGCACCCAAACUGUUCGGCUAAGUAGAGAUGCUGUUAAGGACUUUGACUGCUGCUGCUUGUCCCUACAGCCAUGCAGAGACCCUGUGGUAACGCCGGAUGGCUAUAUUUAUGAGAAGGAGGCAAUCCUAGAGUACAUUUUACAUCAGAAACGUAACAUAGCUAAACAGUUGAAGGCAUAUGAAAAGCAGAAGAAUUCACAAAAGGCUGAGCUUGAAGAAUUGUCAAAAGCAGCUAAGGAAUCUAAACUUAAAGCAUUUAUGGAGAAGGAGGGCACCAUUGUCAGCAAACCACUGAACCCAUUUGCUUCAAAGACAGGGGUGGAUCAUGCCAGCACCAGCAGCCAGAGCAGUGAAGAAAAGGAAAAGCACCUUCCCAGUUUUUGGAUUCCUUCCCUUACUCCAGAGGCCAAAGCAGCAGAGGUCUCAAAACCAGAUAAGGCAGUGUACUGUCCAAUGAGUGGGAAACCCCUGAAAAUGAAGGAUCUCUUGUCUGUGAAGUUUAAGCUGGUCGAUGAGACGUUGGAUCGAGUAAAGCUCAUUAAUAGACAGGAUCGCUAUGUCUGUGCAGUAACAGGUGAUGUGUUGGGUAACUCAGUCCCAUGUGCUGUCUUGAAACCCUCAGGUGCUGUGGUUACACUGGAAUGUGUAGAGAAGUUGAUUAAAAAGGAUAUGCUAGACCCCAUCACUGGAGAAAAAAUGACAGAGAAAGACAUUAUUGUAUUGCAGAGGGGUGGCACUGGCUUUUCUGGCUCAGGAGUGAAAUUAGAAGCAAAGGAAUUCAGGCCAGUCAUGCAGGCAUGAUGGAUUUACAAAGUUAAAUGUGAAAUUCAUUUUCUGUAUGUAUACAUUUUUUGUUAGAUAGGACACAAAAGUGCUCUGCUUUCUGUUAAAUGAACAUCCUUCAUUCUUAGGCCAUAUGCCAGUGACUUUGUAUUGUGAUGACUGGCGUAACGCAGUUCAAAGUUGCAAAAAAAAAAAAAUUGUUUUUGCAGCAUUAUCAGCAACAUACGUUUGCUCUCUUUUUCAGCUGUUUAUACUGUUAUUUUUUAUCAGAAUGUUUGUUAAUGCAAAUAUUUCUGUUAUAGUGAAAAUCUUGUAUGUACGUCUUAACAUUAAAAAUUUCAUAAUAAACAAAUUGAAGAGA